UACGAAUGCCAUGAUAAAAAUGAUUCAAACAAAACAGAAAAUCUUGUAGACAACUGGCCUAUUUAUUCCCAAAAUAACCCCAGAAGAAAGAGUUCAUUAAGGGCAGUAACUGCAUUUAGGGCACACAGCGUAAUGCAAGAAACUCUGCAAGCAUUAAAUUUGAUGUUAUGGAUCAUACCAAGCACCACCAAAGGCAUAAAUAUUCAAUUUCUAUACCUCGGUACACAAAGUCUUAAGGACGCAGAUUACCAUCGACAAAAUGCGGCGACGAUCAUAGGGUACAAAGGGGUUUCAUGGUUGUUAAACAGACGGUGCAUAGCAAGCGUUCACUGCGCUCUGGCUAUGGACAUACCAGGCAUGCCAGAGAGUGGUAAUUGGCCAGAUGUUACAGCCCAGGCAGUUCAAACUCCUUCGGUGUCCUUCCUCUAUGGUUGUAGUACAUUGUAUGUUCAUUUCUAAAUACUCUAUGGAGAGAAAAUAUCUACAAGGUAACUCGUAGCUGGCAAUGGCACAGAGUUGAUAGGUCCACUAUGCUUGCUACGAGUUAUCAAGUAGUGACCUUGUACAUGUACCACGUCACUACUAGAUAAUUCAUAGGUUGGCAAUAGGAUGACAAACUUCUUUGGUUCUCCAUACGAUGUAUGUUGCAUUCUGUGAAAAAUUGGACUGUCAUUGACAUUGUAUUGUAUAUUAUGUGUACUGAGCUGUCCCUACCACAUUGAGUAUUAAGCCUGUUUUUCCGUGUCCACGUAAGAAAUGUAGAGAGCAAUGCAAUCAAGACGCCAACUGCAGAUAUAUGGAAAUGACAAAUGGCAGUAUCGCCAAUAAUACCAACCAGCCCAGACGGAUUGGCAAAGUUAAGCCCAGUUCAACUUUGCCGACUGUCUGUGUUGCAGGCAUAUAGAAACAUGCACACUGGCAUGACGGGAGUACAGUGAUGUUUCUCUCGCUUAUUGCCACUCAUUUUAUCCUUUUUUCUGUAUUACUAGUGGUGUGAAACAUUCUUCAUGUAUUUUGAAUACACCAGAUAGGUGAAAUUGCCUUUUCAUUUGUUAGUUAGAUUACGUAAUAGUGUCUUUAUAUUUCAGCCUCGUUGCUGCGCUCGAGGUUGUUGGUCCGAGGGAACCGUCGACAGCACCCACCUAGUUCGAUUCAUUUCUGUAUUAUGUUCUUCAAAAUGCGAGUUCUGGAGUUAAUAAAUGAUUUAGACCUGAGUACAGUUUUCAUCGAAUUUCUUCUUUGGUGUUGCUUUCUCAUGAUCCUGGAACCUUGAUGUAAAUGACACAACAAACGGUGGAAGAUCUGGGUCUCAUUCUCACAAGCAUGAAACAGGGCAUUGCCGACGGACAACACACAAGGACCAGCUACCCUUGCCUUAUUUAGGGGGUUCAGAAUCAACUACAGCUUGUACUGAUGUCAGCAGGUUUUUCCCCCAGAAAUAUCUGACUGCCUUCUUACUGUAAAAUGGCAAGGUGUUUGAAUAUUUUAAUGGAUUUUGCCAACCUUUUCAAAGCAUUCAUCGGUGUGAACUACCUGUCUAUUGCCUUUGCAAUCAGCCAGAGUGGCAUUGGGCUUGGUAUCAUUGGGUUGCUUUUGAUUGCCUUAGCAACAGUGCAUUGCUGCCAUCUCCUCAUCAAAUGUAAAAGAGAAGUUAUUCAGAAUAUCGUGCAGGCCAACUUUCCAUGUGAAAACCAACCGAAUUCCGAUGAAGCACAUAUGAGAGGAAUACUCUGCAGCUUACUGGAAAAGCGUCUGUCCUAUGGUGACGUAGCCUCUCUGGUACUGGGCAAAUUUGGCACAAUAUUGGUCAAUUUUGCUCUUUUAGUAACUCAGUUCGGAUUUUGUGUGAACUACUUCAUAUUUCUUGGGAACACAUUUGAGAAGAUGUUUCCGCACUAUCUUCCAUAUGUUGCUGUUGUGGGGAGUAACAGCUCAACCAGAGCUCCAGCCUAUGAGGUGUUCUAUCAGGAACUUCAAAUCAGGGAUGACAUCGUUCAUGUCUCAAACAGCUCAACUGCUUCAUACAUUUUGCCAGUUAGUCUUGUUUCAAAGAGUCCGGGCUACAGCAUCUUGGUAUUGAUACCCCUACCGCUGUUUAUUCUGUUUAGCUAUCUGCGAAGUGUUCGUCACCUUGGUCCAGUUAGUGUCAUCGCCAACAUAGCCAUAUUUAUUGGCUAUUGUUCCAUGUUGUCUUACAUAUUAACAGAUUUCAGUGUUGAUGACAGCAUCUCUUGGUUCAGAUUUUCAACUUUCCCUAUAUUUUUUGGACAAGUAACUUCCUCUUAUGAAGGCAUUGGGACGAUCAUCCCAAUUGAGUCUAGUAUGGAAGGUAACCAUACUCUCUUUGCUCCCCUGCUGUACCUGACCAUCGCUGUCUUUACAUUUGUGUUGGGAAGCAUGGGGUUUCUUGGUUACCUCUGUCUUGGUACAUCUACAGCCCAAGUUCUGAUAUGGAAUCUGGCACCAGGCAGUAUUCUUGAGCUAUUAGUCAGUCUAGUUGUCUGCAUUGGAGUAUUGUUUACAUUUCCUCUGCAGUGCUUUCCAAUCAUUGAGAUAUGUGAAGGUCUGAUAUUUACUCAAGGUACUUGUAAAAGUUGUUCACCAAAGGUAGUUAAUAUAAACAGUGAUUCUAAUGAAGAUACAACAGAAGUGAUGCCUCCCGACUCAAGACAAAAUGAGGAUGAAUUACAGCAGCUCUUACAACAUCCUCAAGUUACUCCCAUCCUGAAAAUGCUUCCUACAGCAACACAUAUACCGCAAUCAGUCUCAGCUUGGAAGAGAAAUCUGUUACGAGCUUCAAUAGUUGUUGCCCAACUUGGUUGUGCAUUUGCCCUCAAAGAUGAGUUUGCAUAUAUCUCUGCACUAACAGGAGCAAUUGGAAGUACACUGCUUGGAUUUGUCAUCCCUGCCCUGCUACACAUCAUACUGAAGAGACGGAACUUAGGAACCUCUGUAAUAAUGAAGGAUAUACUGUUGAUUUUGUUUGGAAUAGUUGGUGGAAUUUCUGGUGUGUAUGCCUCAAUGUUAUCUAUCAUCCAACACUUUGGAUAAAAACAUUGUGAUUGUUCAACUAUUUUCAUGGGAUUUUCAUACAUUUUAUGUAGUAGUGUUUUAGUGAAGGGUUCAUGAAGACUACUCACUGCAAUGCCAAUAACACAAUAGGGAAUGUGAAAAUGGAAUACAGUCCCUUUGUUGUGGUUCAUUUUACUGAACCCUCAAAUAUGUUUUAAUCUUGACAAAUGAUGGCAUUAUAGGUGAAAUACAUUUGAGAAGUUCCAAAUUACUGUCAGGCACCCUUUUGGUUCAUCUAGACCUGAGGGAAACAUAGACUUUGGACAAGCACAGUUUACAUGUCCUUGUAAUGUUCGAACCUAACAUACAUGUUUGUACUCAUGUAUACGAUGUGCACGCACACGGUAAAAGCAUGUGCACAUGCGGUAUACAGCCAACGUAUGAGAAAUUGCAUAACAUAUUGCAUGGAAUAGUGUGGGCUGAUUUGGAAAAGUACCAUUUGUCGUUUGCAUCUCAUGAAAGUACCACUUUGUCUUUGUUUACUGGCGCUUUUUAUUUCUCACAGAUUGUAGGCGUGGUGUCUGACUUCAGCAAAACAAGUUGUAUUUGGAAUAAAACACUGUGACUGAAAAUGCGCACUGCACAAUUCGACUGAAAUUUCCAACGCCGACCUGAAAUAUGCAUUGAAAUGCUGGCGGCACUCAACGAUGUCUCCUCAGAUGUACGUCACAGAUGUGUAAAUUUUCUUUGUUAAUGAGAUCCCUCUCGAGGGGGCCCGUUUUGCUGAAGUUUUAUUACUUUUUCUCCCAUUUCUUAAAACAAUAAUUUUACUUCCUGGAUAUUGUUUAAAACAUACAAUUUCCAAUUAUAACAAAUAAAAACUACUUUGCACAGGCCAUUUAAUUAAAGUUUGAUAGUAAAUUCAUUUAUAUUUAUGAUUGUUGUGGUCCGUUGAAUUGGUUGAAAGUGUGUGGUUUUGAUAAAAUACAUAUUGUAUGGGAUGUUCGAACUCAAUAGAAAGGAAUGAGCACAACUCAACAAACAGAAUGAAAGGAAUGCAGAGAAUUAGUCUGCUAGGUGGAACUAAACUCAACAAAAUUUAACCAUUUAUACUUCUUCUUUUAUACACUUGGACUGGCCGCCAACGCGGACCGAUAUUUGCAAAAUAGUGACAAAUUAACAUAACAGUGGAUAUCACAUCUUCCCUCCACGUAUUAAAGAUGAUUUGCAUUAUUUUGAUCUUUCAGUCAGUCCAUUGAAAUAUAUAAUUAUGUUGGAUAUUCCACAAAUUAUUAAUUUACUUCUAGUGACUAUUUACAACAUAAAGUUACAUAAUGUUAAAGACUUACAGCUGGAGAUUAAACCCAAUUUGCUUUUUAUCUGUGAAUCAAUAAUGUAACUAACUUAAAUUUCUUAAUUUACACAAAGUAAAUAACAUAAUAACAAGUGACUGGUUUUGACAAAAACAUGACUGUUUUUGUCAAAACCAGGUCAUGUUCAUCCAAGAUUAUCACAAUAAUGUUUACUUUCUGAAAUUGUAGAUUAAGAACUGCAGACUUUUCAUUUCUUUAAUACAUCACAUAAUCUUGCAUCCAAUUUAGCUUUCGUUUUACUCUUUCAAGGCGUCUCAACUGAUAUUUUUCCCCUGCAGGUUUGGAGUUUGUACGCCUACUGGUAGUUUGUACAGGAGACUGUUCAUUUUCUUCUGUAUCAAAAUACAGUGAGAAACCAUUCGUUUUUGGUUGUGAGGCCUUGAUAAGUUUGCUUACAUUCCAUGUCUGAUUGUCACUUGUUUUGUAAGUGUGGGAGCUAAUUCUCUUGACUAUCUGAAUAGGAUCUAAAUAUUUCCUAUCUCCUUUCAUAACAAUUCUUACUGUUUUCUUUCUGACACUUUUCUUUCUGUCAGCAUGUUUUUUGUUGCAUUUCGUUGGAUUUGACUUCAACUCCAGAUAGGUUAGGAACAGGCAUUCUCAACCCUAAAAUGUUCAACUUUGUUCGUUUGUGUCUACCGUGUAAGAGAACACUAGGGGCAAUUCCAGUUGUGGCAUGUGGUGUUGCCCUGUGUGCAGUUCAAUAUUCAUACACAAUAGGUUUCCAUGGUUUAUGUCUGUUGAUUGCAUUCUGGAUAGCAUUCUUCAGAACUCUGUUAAACCGUUCAACAGCCCCAUUCCUUUGUGGGUAAUACAAUGAUCCAUAGCCAUGUCUAAUACCUCUUUCUUUGAAAAUAUAUUGAAUUCGGUAGAGGUAAACUGUACACCAUUGUCACUGAUUAUUUCAUCUGGAAGUCCUUCUCGGCUGAAAACAGUUUUCAAAAAGGUAAUCACCGUUUUGGUCUUUACAUUUGAUGCAAAACAUACUUCUGGGCACUUGCUAUAAUAAUCUACAAUUGUUAUGGUGUACCUACAAUCUUCAGGUCCUCUUUCAAAAGGUCCUACAAUAUCAAUUCCAACUUAACACCAUGCACUAUCUGGAAAGGGAACUGGUUUUAUUGGAGCGGCUGUUUGUUUCACACUCUUGUCAUUAAAUUGGCAAGUUACACAAGAUUUAACAAUGUUUUUAACUUGUUUAUCCAUGCAUGGCCACCGAUAUAAUUCUCGUAACCUUUGUUUUGUACACGUCAUACCUUGGUGGCACUCAUGAGUGAGUUUCAGUAGUGAACCUCUCAACUCUUUAGAAACUACAAUUUUAUCAUUUCUCAUGAUUACGUCAUCACAAAUAGUCAAGUCAUCUUUGAUAAUGUAGUAUGGCUUCAAUAUUGACAUAAUUUCAGGAUCAAGAUGACGCAACUUGUAAGGCCAACCAGUUUGAAUGUAAUUCUUCACAUUAUUCAACACAGGAUCCUCUUUCGUAUGAUUCUGUAGUUUUUCAAUUGUGAUACUCUUAAAAACAGUUUCUAGUGCAAUUUGACAGAUUAUAUGAAUCAAAUUCAUGUACUUGGGCAGGAACAGGUAGUCUGGACGGACAGUGCGUCUGCUACUUUGUUUUCUUCACCUCUUUGAAUUUAAGGUCAUAAUUAUACUUCAUGAGUCUUGCUGACCAACGAGCAAUACGCAUUGAAUGGCGAUCUGAACCUCUCUUUAAGAGAGUGAUCAAAGCCUGAUGGUCAGUACACAACAUGAAUUUCCUACCCCAAAGGUAAGUGUUGAAUUUCUCACCUGCCCACACAUAAGCCAAUGCUUCUCUUUCACCAACAGAAUAAUUUCUCUCAGCGGCUGACAAUGUACGGCUGGCACAUUCAACUGUAACUUCUUUACCAUUUUUGUGAGUACUGCACCUAAGCCAUAUGCUAAUGCAUCAGUUGUUAUAAUGGCACUUGCAUCUGGAUCAAACAUGGACAGUGUGGGACUGCUCGCAGUUGUGCUUUUCAACGCUUCAAAGCUUUGUUGAGCUUCUUCAUUCCAAACAAAUUUUUGAUCAUUACGCAAUAAUGCUCUCAAAGGGUCUACCACACUGGCAAAUUGAGGAAUGUACUUUGAGAAAUACCCUGCCAAGCCCAGGAAUAACCUGAGACUUUUCUUGUCAUGCUUGGUAUUUGUCAUCAACCUGAAUACCACUUGAACUCACAGUAUGGCCUGGAAAUCUUUAGGUAGAUCUUGAGAACAAACAUUUGUCCUUGUUUAAUUUAACACCAUACGUUUAAGUCUUUCAAUAACUGCUUGCAAGUUUGCAUCAUGUUCGGCUUGAUCUUUACCAUAGAGGAUUAAAUCGUCUAAAUAACUUUGUACACCCUUCAGUCCACUUAAUGUGGUGCUCAUCAUUUUUUGGAAUGCUGAAGGUGCAGAUGACAAGCCAAAACAUACCCUUUUAUACUGGAACAGGCCUUCAUGUGUGAUAAAUGCAGUCAAACUUUCAGAAUCUUUAUGUAAUAGAAGUUGGUGGUGUGCAGAUUGCAAGUCUGACAGAAUACCGAUGCAUUUCUUAACUGGCUGAAGAUGUCAUCAAUCUUAGGGAGUCGGUACUUAUCAGGUAUUAUUGUCUCAUUUACUUGUCUAAGGUCUACACAGAGUCGUAGUUCACCAUUUUUCUUCUAUGAGACUACAAUCGGCGAUACCCAUUCAGCGGAGUCAAUUUUCUCAAUUAUGCCUUGUUUCUCACGUCUUAUUAACUCUCACGCUAAAUGGUAAUCUACGUAAUUUCUGACGUACGGGUUGCACUUUCUCAUUUACUUUGAUUUUGUGAACGAAUCCUGCUACUGGUUUCAGUUCAUGUUAAGUUGUAUACACAUUUUUGAAUUUGUGUACAUUCUCAAGUAAGUUUACACUGCUUUCUUUCUUGGGGUUGCAUGUCAAAGUGGAACCUUCAAUAUUGAUAUGCAAGGCUUGCACAAGAUCCCUGUCUAAAAUACCAGAAUCUACAAUAUACAAGUUUGCAAUGGCAGUAGUGUCUUUAUAUGUCACAAUACAUUCAAAAUACCCAACAACUUGAAUUUGUGCUGCGUGAAAGAUAACAGUUCCUGUCAGGUGGAGGUUUCUUUAACGCCUCCGACAGAAAGUACUUGUUAAAAGGUGUUCUUUGAAAGGAUACUGACUCCAGAUAGAUCCUGUAUCAACCAUGAUCACCAAUGGUACGCCGUUGACGUUCACCUUGCUUGUAAAGAGUUCGCUUUAACUCCUGGUACGUCUGUAGCUAGGACGUAAACGUCAUUAUCACUAGUCUCUGGUGAUGAAUCUAUGUAGUCGUCAUUAACUUGAAAAACUCCAGUCUUCUUUCGGCGAAGAUGGCUGGAUUCAGCUUGCUUUCGCGUGUUACCUUCGGACUGCUCCUAUCUGCAUACGCUGCUGAAGUGACCAGCCUUGUGGCAUGAAUGACAUUCUUGCUCCCUGGCGGGACACACCGUUUCAUUCGCCAAAUGCGUUGGUGAACUGCAGCGGUAACAAAAUGGUCGUUUUGAUGAAGGCGUGGUUUGCUGCUUACGGGAAUUUCCUGAUUUCAACUUUGUUGUUUUCGUAUGACUUUUGUGACUUCGUUAAUUUUCUGCGUUUGAACAUUUGAGCCCGUAAGUGUUUUAGCUUCCUGAAUAGGUCUCUCAAACGACGUUCCAUGUCCACGGUCUUUUGAAGAGUCAGUUCUUUUGCCAUAAGUAGCCUCUCUCGAAAUUUUGGACUGUUCGUUUUCUCCACAACUUGGUCUCGUAUCAUUUCAUUGUUCAUGGGCCCAAAAUUGCAUGUUUUCGAAAGUUCUCGAAGAGCAGACAAAAAAUUGUCUAUAGACUCACCAGGUUGCUGAGCUCAUUGUCGGAAUAUGUAGCGUUCAGCUACAACAUUUACAGUUGGUUGAAAGUGUUCUUUUCGUACUUGGAUAGUGUGCUCGUAUACGUUUUGUACUGCUUAGGGGAGGUUCUCCACCUCGGGGUAACGUUGUAUAGAUCCGCAGACCUGUGGUGACUGAGUGGCAAAUUAGCACGAGGAAGGUGGAACUUUACAUGGCAUGACAAACUGGUUUAUUACACGCCAUCUUGGUUUCCUGACAAACAACAGAGGGCGGUAUUCAACAACACUACAUUCACCCUCUUUCUUUAAAUAACAGCUUGAAACUUACAAACUUUUUUUUUUAACAAAACAAGAAUUUAACUGGAGUGGAAAGUAAGCCAAAAAUUGCAGUCAGUUUGUUUUGGUGAAUAAAAGCUUUGGGCAUCCAGAAUAAAAUUUUGUACGAGGAAAGCAAGUUUGUUAAAGUGAAAGUGUUAAUGUUCCGGUUUUUUUUUUAGAAAUGCAGCAUUUUUAGCUUUUGGAUUUAGUGACAGAAUUUGAAAUAAAAUUUGCUUUCAAAAUU